AUGACAUAUGUGACCGGCGCCAAGAAUGGCUCGACCGUCAUGCCUUCUGCCUUGUGGUCUCAAUCUGCCACCAUAGCUUCUAUACUGCCAUCCGAGAUGCCCUCAGUACUGCCAACAAGUUUAUGUACUGCAACCAGCAGACAUAUUGGCAGUGCUAUGUAUAUGCACACGCUAUCGAGCGGUAUUCAGUGGAAAUCAAAUACAUCAACGGCGGCGGUGUUGCCGUCGUCUGCAUCUUUGGCUUUCUCUAUUGCGUCGCAACUACCGGUGCCAGUGCCAACGACAUCGCUAGCUAGUAUCGCGCCAGGGACCGAAGCUAGCAUCCUUGUCAUCGUGCUUGCUACGGCGAGUUUCGUUUUCGGCUUAGCCUAG